AUGCCCUUCCGCUCCCGCACCUCCUUCACCACCGCCACCACCGCCCACGGCAGCGACCUCGACGUCCCCCUCCCUAUCAUCAAGAACAAGGCUGCCCACGAGAAGGCCGUCGCCCUGGAGAAGUCUGCGUCCGUCGGCACGUCUGCUCUCAGCGACACCCUCCACGGGACGCCGUUGCCGCCUCCCGUGGUUCAGGGCUCCGGGUCGUCCAGCAAGCGGGGCAAGAAGAAGAAUGCGCGGGUCGACCGCGGACUCAGGGUGCACUGGGCCCAGUUCAAGCGGCGGAUAGGCACGGGCACGGCGCCGUCCACGUCGUCCGCUAUCGAGCCAGAUGAGAGCGGCGACAGCUACAGCAAUGGGCGCGCGCGCCAGGUCCAGAUGGGCGAGGAGGAGGAGGACGGCGUAGAUGAGGUUGUCGUCGACCGCGAGUGGUCCAAUGAGAUCAAGAGCUCGUCCUGCACGCACUCCGAGAACGGCGGCACUCCGGACAGAACGAGCAAUCCACUCGGCACGAACACUGACGGGGAGAGCCUGUUCGUGCACCCCGAGGGAUUCUGGGCUUCUUGUGGGCCUCUGAUCUUCCUGCGGUGGAGGUGCUGGCCGUUCGUGCACGACUUCUUCGUCAAUCACUUCAUGGACGCAAAGUCGGAGCUUCACUACAGCAAGGAAAACUGGUUCAUGAAGAAGAACCUAGCCUUGUGGUCUUCGGCGUUCCUUGUCGUCAACUGGGUGCUGGCCAUGUCAUUCAUCCAGAAGCCCAUCACAGUAGCAGAUGAAGCCUUCUAUUAUGGCGUGGCCCCCGCGCUCACGUUCCCUGUGUUCGUGUUCGUCAUGUACGACUUCCCUCGGGACCGACCAACAUUCUAUCAAUGCUGGGUCACGGUCGCGAUUUGGCAAUGGGCGUUGUACAACAUCAUUUUGAUGUAUCUAUGCGGCUACUACGGCAACGAACGUACUCUAUACUGUGGGACCCGCGAUUUCCUCACCCUCUUCUACUAUACAACCGCGAUGCAGACCGUGGGGUUAUUCGGCUUGAAGAUCAAUCGCUUCCCCGCCAUGCUAGCCGCAUCGUGUUUCUUUGGUUUAGCUUGUGGCUUGAUCAUACCGAUUCAUACGCAGAUGGUCCGAAAUCUGAUCAACUUCCUCUGCUUCCAAUCCUUCUUGCUGUACAUUCAUUACAUGCGAGAGAAUGCGGAGCGGCGGUUGUACACGUUGCGCGAUCAGCUCAAGAUCCAGUUUCGGGCGACGCAAAAGGCGCAAGUCAAUGAGCGCAAAGCGGCGGACUCGAAGCGACGGCUCACAUCCUAUGUCUUUCACGAAGUCCGCGUGCCGCUUAAUACUGCGCUCUUGGCGGUGCAGAAUAUGGAGGCAUCUGGUUCGGUCGCGAAGGCUCAGGACAUUGAGUUCAGAGCACUGGAGGGCAGUCUCAGCAUGAUGUCUAAAGUGCUCAAUGACGUAUUGGACUUCAACCGUAUGGAUAGCGGGCGUUUUGAGUCUGUCCUCAAGCCGUAUUCAUUUCACCAGGUCAUGCGCUCGAUGUUUGUCCCUCUUCGUUUGGCGACAGACGCUCGCGGUCUCGAGUUUGUCAUUGAUUUGGACAAGAAUAUCGACGAGAUCGCAAGAAGAGCGUUGCAUGAAGCUUUGGGUGAGACCUCGGAUGUCGUUGAGGCACGACUGAAGGAGAGCUUGAGUGAGGAUGGGAUCGUCGUCGGCGACGAGACAAGGUUACGGCAGAUCAUCACGAACCUUGCAAGCAAUGCAUGCAAGUUCACGCCAGCAGGGGGCAAGCUUACGGUUACGACUAAGCUUGUGUUGCCUGGGCUCUCGCCGCCGGAUGCGAGUGUGAGCGCAUGCGAUAUCAACGAACAACUUCUUGUCGACGAGGACAAGGGCAACCCAUUCUCCACCCUCGAGAAUGGGCAGCCUCUACCCCAUCGGCUGUCCGCUACGCACCUCACCCAGCACAACAACACGAUCACCAAGCCGCCACCAACUGAGUGGAUCGUUGUACGCAUCGAGGUUACGGAUACGGGGUAUGGUAUCAGGCCUAAGGAUAUGGUGCAGAGCAAGCUAUUCAGUGCCUUCAAUCAGACUGAACAGGGUCGGUUGCAAGGCGGGAAAGGCACCGGUUUGGGCUUAGCGCUCGUGCGUCAGAUUGUCAAGCUCAGUGGCGGUCGUCUCGGCGUACGGUCAAAGGCGGGCGUCGGUUCCACAUUUUGGGUCGAGCUCCCUUUGGGCGUUGGGGUCAAGGCGACGCCUGUGUUUACGAUGCCGAGGGACGACUUCCUGGACACACCUUCGAGUCUAACCAGGACAAUGCGAUCAGCGACUCAGGUGGACUUGCCGCUUCUGCACACUUUGUCCGAUUCGAUUCGCGUACCCCUCCAGGUUGGUUCGCAAUCAACGUCCGCUCUGCACAGCAUCAUGGAACAAGGCGGUCUUGUGGAAAUCUCGACGAAGCGUGACGGACGCACGAUGGUCCUCACGCGCGCCAUCGGAGAUCCAUCAACCGGAACACAACCGACCAUCGACGACACAACGCCACCAGCCGUUCAGGAGCCACCUCCCGCGCUCACCACCGACAGCACCACCAGCUCAUCCACAACCGUCCGCCCGCGCCUCUCCCAGCUCCCUAAGCCCCGCACGUUCUCUCUCGAACCCCGCUCUCUCCUGCCGGCUCUGCGGCGACGUUGCAAGGUUGCGACGGCGGAGAACGGCGAGAUCGCGCUGGAGAUGAUCUUGGGAAUGGGCCAGCGUGCGACACCGUCGGAGGAGGACACGGGCAGUGUAGGCCUGUCGGUGGACGGGCUGCUCUUGGGCGCGAGCGACGAGUAUCGGUAUGCGGUUAUCUUCUUGGAUAAUCAGAUGCCAGUGCUGUCUGGGCUGGAUCUCGUGACGAAGCUGCGAGAGCUGGGUAGAAAGGAUUUUGUGGUGGGCGUCACUGGCAACGCCCUGUUGACAGAUCAGCAAGAGUAUCUCGAAGCAGGGGCAGAUUACGUCCUAACAAAACCGGUUCUUGAGAAGAGUCUCAAGAGCAUGCUCGUGAUCGCGGACGAGCGACGAAAACGCGGCCCACCAUCACCGCUCGAGCCACUGCGACCAAGCGGAGCACCACCCGCCCCAUCAUAG